GGCCAUCGAUGAACACUACCCAGAUAGAUUCACCAUCAUAUGCUGCAACGACGGUUUCCAGCUUGCCCUCGACCACAACACCAUCAAGAUCCUGCUCAGAGUAUGCAAACGAGCCCGACCCCUCCUGAGCUCCAAGAUGCCUCGCUUCCACCGCUGGUGUCAGAGCAUGGAGCUACUCAAUCUGGAAGGACACCUGCGAAUCGGUCUCACACCGAGCGACCAGAUCGCCCUCUCGCUACACUUCGAGGAUCAGGCUGCAGCCGACCGAUCCUGGCUCGUUGCUCAAGCAGACCAAGGAAACGCACCGGUCUCGUAUCUCCUUGCUCGGGUGUUGCAAUCUGAGAACGACACAGAAGCAGACGAUGACGAUGAGCUUGAAGAGAAUGCCAAGCAUCAGCAAAUCUUCCACCAUCUGAAGCGGGCAGCCAAGGCAAGCCAUUCCAUGGCCCAGUUCCAUCUUGCAGAAUGCUAUCUCAACGGUCGCGGCGUCAAACAAGACUUCACCAAGGCCGUGGAACUGUAUCGCAGACUUGCAGAUCACGGAAUAUCUCAGGCUCAAGUCGCCCUCGGUCAAUGCUACGAGAGUGGUGAAGGUGACCGGAUGAAGGCAGCUUGUGUCUUUGAGCAGCUCGCCAACGACGGCCACAGCGACAGCCAGUUGCGGAUCGGAAAAUACCUCCACUGGGGCCUGGGAGUAUUGGAGGACCGAAUUACGGCAUUCGAGUGGUACAGCAAAUCGGCCGACCAAGGCAAUUCGUACGGGCAGUGGAUGACUGGUGUAUGCUACUACUGGGGAUACGGAGUAACCAAGGACUUUGCCAAAGCAUUCGAGUGGUAUCGCAGAUCGGCCGAGCAGGGAAAUCGAUACGGACAAGAUUCUAUCGGUAGAUGCUACAAACAUGGCGAAGGGGUACCUGAAGACAUCGACACUGCCGUCCUCUGGUACCACAAGUCCGCCGACCAGGGACACAAAAACGCCAUCGAGAGACUCAAGGAGCUCGGCGAGUGGCAUUGAUCCCCGAUUUCACAUGAGUGCAUCAUAUCCAAACAAAAAAGCUGCAACAAUGCAGAG